CGAUUGUCCAGGCUGCGUUGUCUGCUUUCCUGUCAUUGUGCCUCGCGUUCUUUUAAUUCAGGGCAUUUUUUAACUUUGUGAAAGUUUGCCAUUAUUUAAAGCCCGGAGCGGGUGGGAAGAGCAGAGCGGCGAGGCUGGAGGAGCGGGGACUUGUUCAUCUCAGCCUGAUCUUGUCAGUAACAGCCGAGCAGAGGGAGAGGGAGAGCAACUCCGGCUGGGGCAGCGCUCCAAAGGUAAAAAAACCAAAGUUUAUAAAAGGCAGAAAACAUUUCUGAUUUGUGGCUGACUUGAAGUCCAUCAUCAAACUGUGCGGAGACGUUCUCUGAGCUUCCCCUCUUAUGUCUCUCAUGGACAAACACAAAGUGAAGCGGCAACGGUUGGAUCGCAUCUUUGAAGGCAUUCGACCUCCGAUCAUGAAUGGGCCCAUGCACCCACGCCCGUUGGUAGCAUUGCUGGAUGGCAGGGAUUGUACAGUAGAAAUGCCUAUUCUGAAGGAUGUAGCCACAGUGGCAUUUUGUGAUGCUCAGUCUACACAAGAAAUUCAUGAGAAGGUACUAAAUGAAGCAGUGGGUGCACUGAUGUAUCACACUAUCACUUUAACACGAGAAGACCUGGAGAAAUUUAAAGCACUUCGAAUAAUUGUCCGAAUCGGCAGUGGUUUUGAUAAUAUUGACAUCAAAUCUGCUGGAGAUUUAGGGAUUGCAGUGUGUAAUGUGCCAGCUGCCUCUGUAGAAGAAACAGCGGAUUCUACCAUGUGCCACAUUCUGAACUUGUACAGACGAACCACCUGGCUUCACCAGGCUUUGCGGGAAGGCACGAGAGUACAAAGUGUCGAACAGAUUCGGGAAGUGGCUUCUGGAGCUGCCAGGAUCAGAGGGGAGACCUUGGGCAUUAUUGGAUUAGGGCGUGUUGGGCAAGCAGUAGCACUACGUGCCAAAGCCUUUGGCUUCAGUGUGAUUUUUUAUGACCCAUACCUCUCAGAUGGCAUGGAGCGUGCUCUGGGACUGCAGCGGGUGAGCACUUUGCAGGACCUGCUGUUCCACAGUGACUGUGUUACCCUGCACUGCAACUUGAAUGAACACAAUCAUCAUCUUAUUAACGACUUCACCAUAAAGCAGAUGAGACAAGGGGCUUUCCUGGUCAACACAGCUCGAGGUGGGUUAGUAGACGAAAAAGCACUUGCACAGGCCCUGAAGGAAGGAAGGAUACGAGGGGCAGCCUUAGAUGUACAUGAGUCAGAACCAUUCAGCUUUAGUCAGGGCCCCUUGAAGGAUGCACCAAACCUGAUCUGUACCCCACAUGCAGCCUGGUAUAGUGAACAAGCCUCAAUUGAGAUGCGGGAGGAAGCAGCGCGAGAGAUCCGAAGGGCGAUCACAGGUCGUAUUCCAGACAGUCUGAAAAACUGUGUUAACAAAGAUCAUUUGACUGCAGCUACACAUUGGGCCAGCAUGGAUCCCGGAGUUGUUCAUCCAGAGCUUAAUGGUGCUGCAUACAGGUAUCCCCCAGGUGUUGUAAGUGUGGCUCCGACUGGCAUACCUACAGCAGUAGAAGGAAUUGUCCCCAACCCUAUGUCUUUAUCACACGGCCUCCCUGCUGUAGCCCACCCGCCCCAUGCUCCUUCUCCCGGCCAAACUGUCAAACCAGAAGCUGAUAGAGACCACCCAAGCGACCAAUUGUAGCCUAUGAAAACAGCAUUCCCAACAUCGGAGAUUUCAACUUCAGCGUAUGGAAAAGAAAACAACAAAACAAACACAAAACCCUGGAUUUUGAUCAAGGCAAAACCAUGAACUUAAAGGAGGAGACGAUCAUUGGUUUAGAAACUGGUCCAAUAUACAGUAUAAAAGGAAAAGGUGGGAGACAAAAAGAAGAUUUGGAAACAUUUUUUCCUCCGUAUAAAUUGUAGUUUGUCCCUGUCCAGUGAACUGAUUCACUGUUUCUGUGUCCUAUGGGUUCUUUGUUAAGCAAGAGAAGUUAGUAGUUAAUUAUAUCAUGAAUGUACUUGUCUGUGUACAGUUUUUAGAACAUUAAAAAGGGUUUGUUUGCUUAGCUGUCAACAAGGAAAAACGUAAGGGAGGCAUUCAGCAAACCAAUUUUGAGAUUAAAAAUCCUUUCUUUUAUAUUUUAAAACAUGCCCCAAAAUGAGGCAGUUGGCAAACUUCUCAGGACAAUGAAUUUUUCCCAUUUUUCUUUCUACGCCACACAGUGCAUUGUUUUUUCUACCUGCUUGUCUUAUUUUUUAGAAUAAUUAAGUAAACAACAGAAAAACCAUUUCUCCUGAUUUUGGCAUGAAUUCCCUUGUUUCAAAAUGAAGACAACCUUGCAAAGAGAUUUUGAGGAAAAAAAAAAAAAAAGGUUUUGUAUAAACGAGCAUUGUGCUUUUUGUCACCAGUUAAAGUAUAUAUUAUUGGUGGUAUGAGAAAAAGGCACUAGACUACUGAAAAGUAGCAGCAUUUCAUUGCCUACAUUGAUUCCUUCCUGGUAAUGUGGUAGGCUAGCAAUAUUUUGGUUAAAAUCAUGUUUGUGACUGUAACCAUUUGUAUGAAUUAUUUUAAAGAAAUAAAAAUCCCAGACAAAUACCAUAUGUGUAAAAAUUUUUAUUUCUAGUAACUGUUUAUUCAACUUUUAUUAGGUUUCUUAGCUGUAAUUUUUAAACAGAUGCUGUCAAGUAUUUCAUUUCUAGCUUUACUUUGCUCUCUGUUGUUUGUAAUACCGUCUUGGAAGCUUGAAAAAUAAAAGAAAAAAAAUUUCUUUCCAUGCCAUUUUUUCCCUUUACAUUUCGUAAAUGUCGAUCUUCUUUCCUGUGUUUCUAAUGGAGUUUGAAAUUAAGAUGGAUUUUGAUUUGUACGUCGGCAUCAUCAGCUACAAUAUGGUAACAGCGUUUGUGCCACCACUGUGGGCAGAGCAGAGCAGGUACAACAGCACCACGACAAUAAUAAUAAUAAACGUCUUUUGCCGAAGUCCAACA